AUGGCCAUCAACCCGGCCAUCAGCAGGGACAUCAGCAGGGACUUGGCCAUCAACCCGGCCAUCAACAGGGACAUCAGCAGGGACAUCAGCAGGGACAUCAGCAGGGACUUGGCCAUCAACCCGGCCAUCAACAGGGACGAAAGCAGGGACAUCAGCAGGAACUUGGCCAUCAACCCGGCCAUCAACAGGGACAAGAGCAGGGACAUCAGCAGGGACUUGGCCAUCAACCCGGCCAUCACCAGGGACAAGAGCAGGAACAUCAGCAGGGACUUGGCCAUCAACCCGGCCAUCACCAGGGACAUGGGCACGGACAUCACCACGGCCAUCACCACGGCCAUGGCCACCACCACGGACAUCACCACGGCCAUCACCACGGCCAUCACCACGGCCAUCACCACGUCCAUCACCACGGCCAUCACCACGGCCAUCACCACGGUCAUCACCACGAAUCCUUCUGCUGAUAGUUGUGAAGUGGCAAAAAACACAAGAAUCCAAUGUGGACUUCCUGAGAUCUCUCCUGAUGGAUGCAAAGCCAUAAACUGCUGCUUUCAUGGCCAACAGUGCUUCUAUGGAAAGGCAGUGACCGUUCAGUGCACCAAGGACGGCCAGUUCAUUGUCGUCGUGGCGAGAGAUGCCACUCUGCCCAACAUUGAUCUCCAGUCAAUCUCACUCUUGAGCAAAACUCCAGGCUGUACACAUGUUGACUCUAAUUCAGAAUUUGCCAUCUAUAACUUUGCUGUUACCUCAUGUGGCACCGUUGUUUUGGAGGAGCCUGGUGUUAUAAUCUAUGAGAACAGAAUGUUCUCCUCAUAUGAAGUGGAAACCGGGCCACGUGGAGUCAUUACCAGGGACAGUCACUAUGAAUUGCUCUUCCAGUGUCGGUACAUCGGCACAACUGUUCAAUCUGUGGUUGUAGAGACAACAGGAAUACUAGAACCUAUAGCAUUUGCUUUUCUGGGACCCAUCAGAGUAGAACUGAGGUUGGGUAAUGGACAGUGCAUUGCAAAGGGUUGUUAUGAAGUGGAUGUGGCCUAUACUUCGUACUACACGGACGCUGACUAUCCUGUGUCCAAAGUACUGAGGGACCCUGUGUACGUGGAGGUUCAACUCCUUGAAAAGACAGAUCCCAACCUUGUCCUGACUCUUGGUCGCUGUUGGGCGACCACAAGCCCCAACCCUCACAGUCUGCCGCAGUGGGACAUUCUGACAGACGGGUGUCCAUGCAGGAAUGAUAACUUCUUGUCCUCACUGGUUCCAGUCGGUCACUCCUCUGGUCUGAACUUACCCAGUCACUACAGACGUUUCUUUUUCAAAAUGUUUACCUUUGUUGACUCCAAGUCACUGGAACCCAUGAGGGAACAGGUGUACAUUCACUGCAGUACAGCUGUGUGCACUCCUGCAGGAGGCCAGUACUGUGAACCAAUAUGCUCCAGAAAAAGGAGAGAUGUCAGGGCUUUGUACCAGACACAUUCUGAGGCAAAGGUUGUGGCUUCUGUUGGACCAGUGAGCAUGGGUGCAUCUUGGGAGUAA